AUGUUAAACCUGUGGAAAGGUUUAAACACAUGUACGAAUAAAAGGAUUAGACAUCAAUAUAUUAUUACAAAUGAGAUAUUAAUAAAAAAGCAGACAAGAAAUAAUCACAAUUUUAAUAUUUUAUUAGAAAAAGGAUGUGAGAAAAAAUUGUGUAAAAAUAUAAUAUAUAAUAAAGGUUCACUUUUAAAAAAAAUGGAGAUGAGAAUAAGUAUGUCAUCAAAAAAUAUUAAAAACUGGAAUAUGUUAAAUAAUAUAAAUAUAGUUUAUAAUAAUAAUAUAAACAAAUAUGUAGAUACAUACAUAAAUAAUGAUAUACAUUCUUUUAAUCAUAUGAAUGGUAUGCGUCAUCAUUAUAGUAGUAAAAAGUUAAAUAUUAUAGACCCUGAGAAAAUUAGGAAUGUUGCUAUUAUAGCACAUGUAGACCAUGGCAAGACUACACUUGUGGAUAAAUUGUUAAGACAAGGAGGUGAAAUAACAAAUAACGAUAGAAUCAUGGAUCAUAACGAUUUAGAAAAGGAAAGAGGUAUAACUAUAAUGUCUAAGGUUACCAGAAUAAAAUAUGAUGAUUAUUAUUUUAAUAUUGUAGAUACACCUGGACAUUCUGAUUUCGGUGGAGAAGUAGAAAGAGUAUUAAAUUUAAUUGACGGAGUAUGUUUAAUUAUAGAUGUAGUAGAAGGACCUAAGAACCAAACUAAAUUUGUUUUAAAAAAAUCAUUAUUAAAUCCUUCUUGUAAAAUUAUUGUUAUUAUGAAUAAAUUUGAUAAACCCAGUAAUAUGAAAAAAAAAGAAGAAAUAGAAAAUGAAAUUUUUGAUCUCUUUGUUGAUUUAAAUGCACCUGAAGAAUCAAUGAAUUAUCCUAUUUUAUAUGCAUCUGCAAAAAAUGGAUGGUGUACAGAUAAUUUUGAUGAAGCUAAACAAAAUAAUACUGAAAAAAAUGAUGUAUUAGUUAUAUUUAAAAAGAUAAUAGAAUAUAUUGAUUCACCGGUUCAUUUGUCGAAAAAUAAUAAACAUCUUGAAGAUAAAAGUGCCAACCUUUUGAUGGAUAAACAGGGUAAUAUAAAGGAAAACACUGAGUUUUCAGAAGGAGUAUUUAGAGAGCAAAAGGAGAAUUUACAAAAUGGUGAUAGUAAUAAAAUAGAGGAUAUCUCUGAUAUUGAUAAGAAGAUGGCUGAAAUCACAAAUAAUAAUAAUAUUACUAAUAUUACUAAUAUUAGUAUUAUUAGUAAUAGUAAUAAUAAUAUUAUUAAUUACAAUUCUUUAGAUUUACCUUGUCAAUCAUUUAAUAAAAAAAAUGAGAAACCUAAAAUGAUUACAGAUCUUAUCCUUAAGGAACCAUUCUGCAUGCUUGUCAGCUUAAUAGACCAUCAAGAAGGGAUUGGAGUUACUAUCACAGGGAAAAUCUUUAAAGGUGUUAUAAAAAAAGGAGAUAGUAUUGUCGUGAAAAGUGAAGAAAAUAAAUUAAGAGGACAUUGUAUUAUUAAGAAUAUUUUUUAUAUGAAAGGUCUAAAAAUUGAAAAUGUACCUUUUGCUAGUGCAGGAGAUAUAGUUAAUAUAUCUAUUGCUAAAGGUGUUACACCAUCAGUUAAUGAUACUAUAACAUCCGAUGAAAAUAUGGAAAGUCUAAAAACUCGACCAAUCGACCCUCCAGUGUUAUGCUUAAAAAUAUCCCAAAAUACAAGUCCUUUAACCGGUAAAGAUGGGAAGCAUAUUACGUUAUCGUCGAUAGGUAAUAGACUUAAGAAAGAAGCAGCAAUUAAUAUAGCUAUAGAAAUAAGUGAAUCUGAAAAAAAGGAUAGUUAUGAGGUUAAAGGAAGAGGGGAAUUACAACUAGGUAUUCUUAUAGAAAAAUUAAGAAGAGAAGGUUAUGAAAUGACCAUAUCAUCACCAAAUGUUAUAUAUACUAAAGAUGAGAAAGGAAAUUUAUUAGAACCUAUUGAAGAAUAUCAUAUUACUAUACCAACAUCGAUGACCUCAAAUGUUAUAGAAAAAUUAAAUACAAGAAAAGCAGAAAUUAUAGAUAUUAUAAAUGAUCAUGAUGACGAUAAUACAUUUAUUAAAUGUAUAUGUCCAUCAAGAAAUUUUUUUGGUAUGAGAUCUUAUUUAAGAGAUAUAAGUAAAGGGACUUCUAUAAUUAAUUCAGAAUUAAAAGAAUAUAAAAAAAAACAACCAUCGUAUAAACGAGAUCGUAAUGGAGUUAUUAUCUCAUCAUCAAGUGGAACAACAACAGCUUUCUCAUUAGAUCCUAUUCAACAAAAAGGUAAUUUAUUUGUAAAUGAAAAUUAUCCAACAUAUGAAGGUAUGAUUAUUGGUGAGCAUUUUUUAAGUAAUGAUAUUGAAAUGAAUGCUAUAAAAGUAAAACCUGUUCAACAUUUGAGAAAUAAAGGACAUGAAGAUACAAUAAGAAUUAAUCAUAAAAAUAUUACUAUAGAAUAUGCUCUGUCCUUUAUUCAAGAUGAUGAAGAAAUCGAGGUAACUCCUAAAAGAAUCGUCAUGCGUAAAAAAAUUUUAAACACUGAACAGAGAAAAACAGCAAACAGGAAAGCAAAACAUGGGUGA